CCUCAAGGAAAGGAAAGCUUCUCCUCAAGCAGCAAACGGCAGCAGCGUAGAGCUGCGACCUGGGCCUGCACAGUAGCAAGGCAGGAAGGAAAGGAAGCAAUGCUGUCCCACUGAGGUAAGAUCUGUCUAAUCUACAUAUUCCUGCCUGUGGAGCAAGUGUGGAAUGGGGGGGGGGCAAUCCAUGUGAGGAUUCCCUCUCUGCUGCAGGAAAAUGCCAUUCAACACAACAGUGCUUAUCAGCAAACAACAGUAAGAAUAAAGGUCUGCAAACCUAAUGGCUUUAUCAACUGUGCUGAAAGAAGAUAUUACAUUGCAGGUAAAUGUGAGCCAAAGCACAUGGGGGGGGGGUGUAAUGUUUUUAAACUGAAUUUCUCAUGUAGCAACCAAAACAGAAGUAUUAUGGAUAAAGGAAGGCAAGUUACAGAUAUCAAUUUAUGCAAUUUCAGUUGGAUAUAAGGUGCAUCCAAACAGAUUUCUGUUCCUCCUCAGAAGAAAUGACACCUAAUUCUCCAAAAAGAAACCCCCUAAAACCCAUUUGGUGAUAUCAAACUUCAGUUAAUAAUCUAGACACCAAUGAAAUCAAUGAACUUUCAUUAACCAAUGUGUCUAAACUAUGACUUAGUUAGAUCUCACCUAAUAACUGCAAAACACAUAAGAAAAACAAAACUUCAAUGACAUUUGAGGUCUGUUUUUUAUAAGCAUAGAAACUAGUGAUCAGCCAUCAUGCACUAUAGCAUUUGAACAUUAAAUAAUUUAUUUGACAUACAAGUUUUAUGGCUAUUCAGACUAUUUUUAAUUUACUUUUAUCACUGCCCUAAAAGAUUAUUAAUUAAUUACCAUCCGAGUCUUUCUUAAGGGUGUUUAUUAUGCAUUGCAUAAAGUCAUUCUGUUUGUUUGGGCCAAGCAACAAUGAAUCCAUGGCUUGCUCAUCCAGCACCAGCAGCACCAUACAUAUACCUACAACAAUGAAAAUUAGAAAGUUCAGAAACUGUCACUGGGCAUUGCCUUAACUCCCAAUCUUAAUCCAUAAACAAACUAAAACCUACUUAAUGUAAUUGCGCCUGCUUGCAGUCCUCUCAAACUUUAGACUGUUUGUGUCCUCCAGAGUUUGGGAACACACCAUCCCUGGCAAUAGGCCAUAUUGACUGGGGCUUAAGGAGGUGGAGUCCAGCAACAUAUGAGGAGCACCAUGUUAGCUACCCCUGCUUUACAUUACCCAUCCCUUGGGAUAGGAACCUACAUUUUAGAAUUUAGCAAGGUUGCACAUACAUGGAUGGGAUGGUUUAAUUAAAAAUAAUGAUAUAUACAACUGUUAAGCGCCACAAAGUCAAUGAUAAGGAAGCAAAGUUUUAAUUCUAAAUGGAACAGGAGGAAAAGGAGCCCGGCAACACCUUAAAGGAGGGUGGGCAAACCUGUGGCCCUUCACGUGUUAUUGGUAUACAACUCCCAUCAGCCCCAGCUGGCAUGUCAAAAAAUAAGAGGAUGAGAAACAUACUCCAGAAACAUCUGGAAGGCCAGAGAUGAGCUGGGUGUGGGGAGAGAAGGCUAAUAGGUUUAUUGUGGCACCUGAUUUCAUGGAUGAGGGCUGGAAUACACCCCCUGGAGAUAGAUGCUGCCCCCGUCAGCUGGAUAGAUCAAUGGUCAGUCAGCGUAAGGUAGCUUCCUGUGUGUGUGUGUGUGUGUGUGUGUGUGUGUGUGUUAGGGAGGGGCAGAGGCAGAGGCUGUGUGUAUGGUGGUCGCACCCACUUUCACCCCGUACCCGUUUUGGGAGCACUGCUAGCAUGAGGCCCUCCGAGCAUUCGUUAUGAGCCAAUGUGGCUCUUACCCAAAAGGAGAAAAAAAGUUUAGCUAUUCCUGCUGUACCACAAUGCUACCAUGCCCAGUGGAAUGGGGCAUGCCAAAUCCCUUUACCCUUCAGACCAUCUCAGCUGCUUCUACUCACCUAGCCAGUAGUUUUUGUAACUGGUAAUAUCGUACAGGUGGUCAGGCAACAAGAUGAGAUUACCCUUCUCAACUGUUGUGGGGUUAUAAACAUAAGCGUUUUCAAAGAGGUUCAGCUCUAUAACUCUGAGCAAGCAAUUUAGCACUUCCUGUAUGUCAUAGUAAUCGUCCCUGUCCACCUUUCCCAGACUCUUGGCUGUCAUAAUGGCCCAUCGACGAAUCUGUGGGUUUGAAGGGACAUUAUUAAUUACUAUGGUAAGGAAUCAGAGCAGUCAUUGUUAUGGAAAGUGGAGCAGAAGCCAAGUUGGUGUGAAAGACAACUGUUACCAAGUCUAACCUAAAGGUUCACAUUCCAAACCAGACAGUGUAGAUAUGUUUCAGGGAAAACUUACUUGAAGGCCGUGGACUUCUCCACAGCCUCCUCACUUACCAAUCAUCCCAGAAAAUGAGGGACAGGGAUAUUUUAACAACCACCUAUCAAAAACAAAUAAAAAACCUGGGUGGAAUCACUAAAAAUAGAACUGUGUUAAUAACAGUGUAGAACAACUAGGAUGUUACUUUAGGUUGAAUCCAGUGUCAGUCCUAUGCAGAGCAGGCCCAUUGAAAUUGAUGGGCAUGACUAACUUAGACUGUUAACAUCAAUGAAUCUCUUCUAAGUAGAAGUUAGAUAGAAGUCUUUUUUUAUACCUCACCCUUUAGCCAAAAGAGAAUUCAGAGAUACUUACAAAAGUUAAGUUUGUUUAUUUCUUCUCACACAGGGUAGCCCCCCAAGGGUCUUAACCAGGCAAAGAUUUCUGUUGCCAGGCCCUCAGCCUGAUGAAAAGAACAAGCUUCCUAUAAAGGUUUGGCUGCCUCAAUAUUGCAUUAAUGCAAUGUGCUCUGUGUCGGGCUUUCCUUGUGCUGCUGUUAGUGCAGAAUGGUGCAUCAUGGCUGCUGACAGGUGUGAGACCUUGUCAGCAUAUAACACACAUGCUCACAGACCAACCUGUUGGUUUGUUACCAGGCCAAGUUCAAGGUGUUUCUAUUAAUAUAUAAAACACAAAACAGCUUGUUUGUUAUUUCCUAGAACUAUGAAGGAAAGCAUUGUUGGAACUGUUGUUUUCUCAAACUUGUUAAUGUAAUUUGAAAAAUACAGAUUUGUGUCAGGCUUUUGACAAAGUCUCCCAUUAUAUACUUGUGAAGAAGCUGAUAAAAUGUGGGCUGGACAAGGUAACAGUUAGGUGGAUUUGCAGCAGGCCGAAUAACUGAACUCAAAGAGUGCUCAAUAAUGGUUCCUCAUCAUUCUGGAAAGAAGUGACAAAUAGGGUGUCACAGAGUUCUGUCCUGGGCUUGUUGUUCAAUGUCUUUAUAAAUGAAUUGGAAGAAAGAAUUGAGGGGCUGCUCAUCCAAUUUGCAGAUGACACCAAACUGGGAAGGGUAGUUAAUGCCACUUAAAAAGAAUCAAAAUUCAAGAGGACCUUAACAGAUUGGAGAACUGGGUCCAAACUUCCAAAAUGAAUUUCAGUAGGGACAAGUGUAAGGUUCUUCCUGCACUUUAGGCAGGAAGAACCAGCUGCACAAAUAUAUGAUGGAAGGACACCUGGCUUGCCAGUGGUACAUAUCUAGGGGUCUUAGUAGACCACGAGUUUAACAUGACUCAGUACUGUGAUUCAGCAUAACAAAGAGGGAAUACUGUUCUAGACUACAUCAACAGAAGUGUAGUAUUCAAUUCAAGGGAAGUACAGGCACAACUCUAUUCUCCCUUAGUUAGACUACAACUGGAAUAUUGCGUCCAGUUCUGGGCACCACAAUUUAAAAAGGAUAUUGACAAGCUGAAAUGUAUAUAGAGGGCAACCAAGAUGAUCAAGGGUCUGGAAAUCAAGCCUUAUAAGGAGUGGUUGAAGUAGCUGGGUAUGUUUAGCUUGGACAAGAGGAGACAGGAGAGAUGAUAGUCAUCUUCAAAUAUCUUAGGGGUUGUCAUGUGGGAGCUGGAGCAAGCUUGUUUUCUCCUGCUUGGAGAACUUGUACCAAUGACUUCAAUUCACAAGAAAUGAGAUUCUGACUAAACAUAAGGAAGAACUUUCUAGCAGUGAGAGCUGUUUGACAGUGGAAGAGACUCCCUUGGGAGUUGGUGGACUCUCCUUCUUUGGAGGUUUUUGAACAGAUUGGAUGUCCACCUGUCAUGGAUGCUUUAGCUGAAAUUGCUGCAUUGCAGGGGGUUGGACUAGGUGACGCUUGGAGUCCCUUCCAACUCUACAAUUCUAUGCAUAAGGACUUUCUUUCAUUUGACCAAUGGUUAAGGCAGCUUAAUCCUACAUUUAAGCCUGGGAAGCAAAACUGAAAACGUAGAAGAAAAUUAAAGCAGCUCACCGUUUCAUUAGAGUGUACCAUGAGCAAAUAGACCCCUGGGUGUUUCCCAAGCACCUGGCAGGGGUAGUUGAUUGCCUCCAUUUUGCAAAUCGCUUCUACAAACAGCAUGCCUACAAUUCAAAAAAAGAGAACACAAAGUGUUAGGGCUGCUGGAAUAACCAUAAUUUGAAGGGAAAUGAUCCUUGCAUAAGAUGAAAGCCAUUUUCAAAGAUUCAUAGAACAGGAAUGGACUCUGUCGAACCCUCUGCAUAGUGUUCAGAUCAACACUAUGCAGAGGGUUUUAUCCUAUAAAGCUUCUUAAGGGAGAUACCUGUCUGGCAUUUUCAUGAAACACGCCCCCCCCCCACACACACAUACAAAGGAAAGAUUUGGUAAACCUUCCCUAGGCACCUUGUUGCUAUAUGGCUGGGCCAAAACAAACCCACAGCUUGUCCUUCCAGCAAAGUUAAUACACAGGUUCCUGCAACAAAAAGAAUUCUACCCUCCUGUUCUUAGUAAACAGCAGGGAUGCAUGUCUUGAAGAAGUCAAGUGAGCAACACCACCCAGGCCACAAUUUCUGAUCACUUGUGAUGGCAACAGAAUAUACAUAAUAUAGUAAUAAGAAUUUUGUGUACAAGAUUUUCUGAGGAGCGAAAUAGUACAAAAAAGCCCAAUCAACAUACCACCUCCUGGUGUAUCCUGAGAAUGCAACCACUAAGUGAUUUGUCACAACCUGUUUCAGUAGCUGCUUUCAAAAACUGUAGCUACUAUGCAAGGGAGAACCAGAUCAAGUUCAGGUGCCUCAAGAUACUCACUGAGGUGUUUAUGAAGCAAAAGGUAGGGGUAUUUCAGUAUUUCCAACAAUGGCACUCUAAGUUUUUUCUCGAUGUCAGAAUCCAGGCAUUGCACCUUUCCCCCCUCAUCACAGUCCAGCGAAUUGCUGUCAUCAUCUUCCUUCGGCAUUGAUUUCUCAAAAUGGGCAAUAAGACGAGUGGUUUCAAUAUUCCACAGGCUCUGUAAUUAGAAAAUAAAUUAACUACAGAAUUCUAGAACAGAGAUUGCAGUAACUACCUCUGCUGCCCUAAAAAGAUGCUAGCUGAAAAUAGAAUCUACAGAAUAUUAUUUAUUUUAAAACAUUCCCACUCUUCAUCCCAAAAGGGUCCCAGAUCACCAGACAUGGCUGCAGUGAAACACUUAAAAGAUCUAAAAACAAUUCCAAAGGAGAAACAGACUGGGAAAGAUCUCUAUUUAAAAGGCUUAAAUGGGCAAGUAGUAGCAACCGGAAAGGAUUUUUUUUUUUAAUGUAUCACAAACAAUGACUGCAUUCCAGGAUAUGGAAGUAUAACUCACAAUGAUAUAGCAUAAAUGAAAUCAAAACUACAUUAUGUAAAAUUACAUAUUCUUGAGACAAUUCUGACCCUUGUCUUUCCAAGUAAAGGAUAAAAAGAAAAAUAUUACAGUUACCUAUUGAUAACAGGAGUUCAAGAAAUAGAUUUGUACAAUCUCAGGUGUAAAUUAGCAUAAAUCAGUCCAGUGUAGCAAACCCAGGAAAAAUUAAUCGGGUGAAAAACAGUAACUAAAAGUUAAAAUAUUUUUGUUUGAGCUUCACCAGAGAACAAAGGAAAUAAAAUGGAGAAGAUGGCAAUGGGCAAAGCUACUUGUCCUUGAGCUCUGUGGUCUGUUUUAAUUAGUUUUUAUUUUGAGCAGUUUUGAAGCCAGUUAGCCCAGCUGUUAAUGUUAAUAGCAACAUACAGGCAAGGAACGUAUCUGCACAGGCUGCAAAAAAGAAGAUGAUAAAAUUGCUAUAAAUUGUUGUGAUUUGGACGUUUAAUUUGAAAUUAAGCUGGAAUUUAGUUUGUUGGUGUCUCUGGCAACUUCUUUCUGACAUGGAUGUUAGCUCAUAUAAAUUCAAAAGGUCAAAAGUUAAGUGAGUUUCAAUGCAGGAGCACAACCUAUUUUUUAUUCCCCAGCAACCCAAAAACACAUUUGUUCUCUAUAACCUCAAAUUCCUGACUGUCUAAAGACUGUCUCAAGAUUUCCUAUGUAUUUUGAGGAGACUGGUGAUGCUUAACAGGAAUCACCUCAGCCAUGUAUCUUCUUGACACUGGGCUAUUAUUCCAUAGCUGGUUCCAUAGGUAAAGGUAAAGGUACCCCUGCCCGUACGGGCCAGUCGUGUCCGACUCUAGGGUUGUGCGCCCAUCUCACUUAAGAGGCCGGGGGCCAGCGCUGUCCAGAGACACUUCCGGGUCACGUGGCCAGCAUGACGAAGCUGCUCUGGCGAGCCGACACCAGCGCAGCACACGGAAACGCCGUUUACCUUCCCGCUAUAAAGCGGUACCUAUUUAUCUACUUGCACUUAGCGGUGCUUUCGAACUGCUAGGUGGACAGGAGCUGGGACUGAAAGACGGGAGCUCACCCCGCCGCGGGGAUUCGAACCGCCGACCAUAUGAUCGGCAAGUCCUAGGCACUGAGGUUUUACCCACAGCACCACCCUCGUCCCUAGCUGGUUCCAUAGCUGGGCCAAAAGCCUAGCCCCCCAUCCUGUAUUUUCCCACAUCUGAAAACUGAGGCUGAGAGAAAUCAGGAGGGACAGCCCUGUAUGUAAACCAAGUUUCUAAACUCAGCUUUUGCCCAUUCCUACCAUGUGUCUCCAUGUUUCCUUAUAAACCUUUGCUUCCCUCACCCCCAAAUACAUGUGGAUUCCACCCCAAAGAGGUCCAGACUGAGGGCCUGCAGCCUAGGGCUAGAGCAGCUGCUUUGCAUGCAGAAGGUUCCAGGUUCAGUCCCCAGUGGCAUCUCCAGGCAGGGCUGGGAGAAACUCCCUGUCUAAAACCCUGGAGAGCAGCUGCUGGUUGGUGUACACAAUACUGAGCUACAGAGACCAGUGAUCCAAUUGGUAGCUGCAGGGGAGAUUUUUUAAUUAAGAAAAUAGAUUUAAAAGUUAUGGGAGCACAGAAAUGUUGCAAAUGGAGAGUCAAAGCAGGAUGGAACUCUCAGGAUUAGCAAAUAGUGUUGUACAUUGAUUGUAUUCAGGAGCCAGCCAAAACAUAUCCUUGGCCAUUUUUAGUUCUCAGCCACACUUGAAUUAUCAAUGACUGUUUAUAUUUCUCCAUUGUGCUGUGCCAGUUUUCAGAAAAGAUUAUAUGGCCCUGUUUCUGGAAGGUCAGGGCAAAAGAUAACAGGUCAUUUUAUAAGUCGGGGCCACUGACAAGGCUAAGUAAUGCUGAAAGGAUGUGUAAGUUUUAAGUCACGCAGAAAAGGAAGCAAUACAACAGAAAUGCUAAAUGCUGGCAGAUACAAGAAAUACAAAAACUGCAUCAAUAACCCUCAAUGCCUUAUGGCACCUAAAGACCAAGAAAUUUGUUGUUUAAAAAAGGUAAAGGUACCCCUGCCCGUACGGGCCAGUCGUGUCCGACUCUAGGGUGGCGCGCUCAUCUCGCUUAAGAGGCCAGGAGCCGGCACAGUCCAAAGACACUUCCGGGUCACGUGGCCAGCGUGACGAAGCUGCAGCUGGCAAACCAGCACCAGCGCAGCACACGGAAACGCCGUUUACCUUCCCGCUAGAAAGCGGUACCUAUUUAUCUACUUGCACUUAGGGGUGCUUCCGAACUGCUAGGUGGGCAGGAGCUGGGACUGAAAGACGGGAGCUCACCCCGCCGCGGGGAUUUGAACCGCCGACCUUAUGCUCAGCAAGUCCUAGGCACUGAGGUUUUACCCACAGCGCCACCCACGUCCCUUGAAUUUGUUGUUUAGGCUGCAAUAAAUUAACAUGGCAACCUCUCUGGAAAUCGUCCAUUACAUGAGAAAGAAAAAUCCAAGCACAUAAAAACAAAUCUACAGUGCAACCACAUUUGGGAUACUGUGCACAGUUCUGGUUGUCUCAGCUCAAAUUCUCAUACUGCGGAGUUGGAAAAUGCUCAGACAAUGACAACUAAAGUGAUCAAGGUGAUGGAGCAAUUCCCUUAUGAAGAAAGGAUGCAAAAUUUGGGACUUUUAGUUUAGAGAAAAGAUGGCAGAAGUAUAUAAAAUUAUGCAUGGCAUAAAAAAAGGGGGGGGGAAUGCAAGAAGAGAGCUGAAGCCCCAGAUAGGAAAAGAGGUGGUAAAAGAACACCUAGCUACUUUAAAUGAAUUCAGACUCCCAGGACCCAAUGAGCUGCACCCACGGUGGAGGGCAAAUACUGUCACCAUCUUCAAAAAGGGAAAAAAAUACUGACCAGUCAGUAACUACCAACCAGACAGCUUGACAUUGAUUCCAAGAAAGGCCUUUGAACAGAUAAUUAAACAGCCAGUCUGUGAACAGUUAAAAAAGAAUGCUGUGAUUACCAAGACCAGCGUUAGUUUCUUAAGAACAAGUCAUGCCAGACGAAUCUCUUUCUUAUUUUAAUAGAGGUACAAGCUUGGAGGAUCAAUAGAAUGCUCUCGAUGUAGUGUAUCUUGCUUUCUGUAAGGCUUUUGACAAAGUGUCACAUAAUAUUCUUGUGGAGAAGCUAGUAAAAUAUGGGGUAAUAUGGGGUAGAUGGGGUAACUGGUAGGUGGAUUUGUAGCUGAUUAAUUGACCAAAUCCAAAGAGUGCUUACUCAAGGUUCCUUCUCUUCCUGGAAAAAAGUGACAAGUGGGGUGCCGAGGGGUUCUGUCCUGGGACAGUUGCUCAAUAUAUUUAUAAAUGGCUUGAAUUGAGGGCAUGCUUAUUCAAUUUGCAGGUGACACCAAACUGGGAGGGGUAGCUAAUGCCUCAAAAGAUAGAAUCAUGCUGCCACCCUCUGGAAUCAUAGUCAAAACACUACCUCAGAGUAAUUUAACAAGAGAGAUGAGAAAUAAGCUCACUGGAAAUAGUAGUACACUGGUCAACCUCUUAUACAUGAAACAAUACUUUUAUGAAUAUGGAGGGAAGACUAGACUUUCAGCGAACAGACUUAAAAAGAAAUAAAUUCUGUCAGGAGUACACAGUAUUAAAAAAGGCACUAAAACAAUCUCUUUUAAAGGCAUCUACCCCCUCCUCUUAUACUAAAUUAUAUACCUCAUAAUCCCCCCUCAAAAGAUAUCCACAAUUAUUAGAAAACUUACCUAUACCCUCACUAACUCAUGAGAAAACCUUUUUUAGAUAGCCACAUCUCCCUAGAAGAAAUUGACAAUGUUCUUAAAAAACUGAAACCACAUAAAGCCCCAGGACCUGGUGGCUUCACUUCUAAGCUUUUGAGCUUUAUAAACAAUUCAAAGAAACAUUAUCAUCAUAUAUGGUCCUCUUAUUUAGUGACCUAAUGAGAGGAGCACCUAUCACCAAAAUAUGGUACCACACCAAGAUUAUAGCUAUCCCAAAACCAUUUAAAGACCACCAAAAAGUAGAAUCUUUUUAGCCAAUUUGUCUGAUUAUGAAAUUUUUACAUGAGUGGAAGUCAACAGGAUUAAGACAUUGUUACACAAACUAAUAGCCCCAGACUAAGCCCGAGACCAAGCUGGUUUUCUCCUUCAUUGAAACAUCACCGGACCUAUCAAAAAGCUGUCAACAUAGUAGACAGACAACCUUCCCACUGGUAGUCAUGGCGUUAGACAUCCUCAAGGCCUUUGAAUGUCUGAAAUGCGACUACUUGCAGGCAGUCCUUUCUAAAAUGCAAUUUGGCCCCAAAUUCAUACAAAUUUUGAAACAAAUAUACUCUGAAGCUUCCACUACAGUAGAAAUAAAUAAUAUAAAUUCAUCCUUAGUGGGGAUUCAAAGAACAAUGCAAGGCUGUCCAAUCUCUCCCUUUUUUGUUCAUCCUAGCUUUAGAACCAUUAGCUAUAUACUUAGAACAACCCCAGAUGUCAAGGAAGUCCUAAUUGGAAAACAAAACUAUACGACUGGACUAUUUGCUGAUGAUUUAAUGAUAAUGACACCUGACCUUGAAGACAGGAGCAGCAAUAUUUUGAAAGCUUCACAGCUUUGCAACACAAUCAGGUCUGCAUGUUAUAUUCUCAAAAUCUGAAGAUUUAUGCUUCAGUGUACCACCCAACCAAAAAGCUUUCACAAAACUCACAGGCAUUAGAUAGACUCUCUCACAGAAAGCUUAGCUAUUUAGGAAUAAUUAUAACAAGAAACCUUAACAGACUCUAUCGACAAAAUAUUCUCCUGUGGAUAUCUGUGGACAAUUCAGAAUUUGACAAAAACACACACAAUAGAAUAAACCCCAUUUUAUCCUAGACAAAUUAGCAAUGGUAAAAAUGGUGAUUCUACCAAAACUGCCAUUUUUAUUCCAAUCACUAACCCACUUGGAUCUCACUCAACAAAAGUGCAAAAAAACACACCAAACCAGAAUAAAUGCCAAACUCCCAGUAGGAGGAGGCAGGGGCACCCCAAACUUGAUACUAUAUUUUAUUGCUAACCAUGUAAAACAUGCCAUCCCUUUUAUUUUAGAUGAUACCUCAAAACAAUGGCAUCAAUUGUAGGGUUGCCAUAUGUCCAGGAAAUCCUAUAUAUGUCCUCUUUUGGGGGGCCUACAUCCCCAUCAAGGGAAAUUUUUACAAGUUACAGCAAUUGUCCAGGUUUUGCGGGGGGGUUGGUUUUAUUUUAUUGUAUUUACUUUUUUGUGCACGGAGGCUUGGGUUUAUGUUUGGGCUCUGGCGUGGUUGGUCUGGACUCUGGUUUGUGCUCAGGCUCUGGUGCAGAUGGUCUGAGCUCAGUUUCAGGCUCUGGCUGUGGCAGCCUGGGCUCUGGCUUGUGCUCUGGGGUCUGGCACAGACAACCUGGGCUGUUUCUGGUUCGGGCUCUGGAGCGGGCAGCUUAGGCUCUGGUUUGGGCUCUGGCGUGGGCAGUUGGGGCUCUGGCGGCGGCUGAUGGCCGGGACGGGACAGAUGGUCGCCAAAAAAACAACUUAUUUUGUCUCGAUUCUUACCUCUUGAUAUAUGGCAACCCUAUUCAAUUGAAAACAGAAGUAACUGAGGAAAUUCUAACCUCAGCGUACCCUUUAAAGCAAACGUUCAGAACAUUCCAAAUGUGAUCCACACAAACCAUUCUUAAUGCAUGGAAAGAGAAGGCAGGACUCCUAACUCCUGCACUGUCCCCUCUGGCAGCCCUCGCCUCCCACCCAUAAUUUCACAACACUUCUUGACAAUUUUAUGUGGCCAGAUAGAGAGCAGAAGGUCUAUACCAGUUAUGUGACUUUUGUAACAGAAAUACAGUGGUACCUCUAGUUGGGAACGGGAUCCGUUCUGGAGGCCCGUUCACAACAUGAAUAGAAUGCAACCCGCACGUGCAUGUCUGCGCACGUGAGGGUUGCGAUUCGCCGCUUCUGCACAUGUGCGUGACGUCAUUUUGCACGUCUGCGCAUGCGCGAGUGGCGAAACCUGGAAGUAACCCUCUCCAGUACUUCUGGUUCACUGCGGGACGCAACCUGAAAAAACGUAUCAUGAAGCAAACAUAAUAUGAGGUAUGACUGUAUACCACUGUCAGACCAAGAAAUACAGACUAAAUAAGUACACUUACAAUUUAAAUUUAAAUGUACCAUAUUUUUUGCCCCAUAGGACGCACCUAGUUUUUUUUGGGGGGGGGGGAAUAAAGAAAAAAAAAUUAUUUCCCCCCCAGGCGCGGGGCUGGCGCGAGGGAAGCCCGAGCUUCCCCUGACCCCAGCCCCCAGAACAGGCUGCUGCCUGCAAGCCUUGCGAGCCCGGCAUACAAGGCUUGCCGACAUCUGCCCGAAGCACGGGGCGGGCUCCACAGCUCGCCCCAUGCUUCGGGAUGCAGGCUGCUGCCUGCAAGCCUUGCGCGCCCAGCGGGACCUCCCGCCGGGCGCGCGAGGCUUGCGGAUAGCUUCCUGAAGCCUGGAGAGCGAGAGGGGUCGGCUUCAGCGAAAGCCUGCAUUCGCCCCAUAGGACGCACACACAUUUCCCCUUCAUUUUUGGAGGGGAAAAAGUGCAUCCUACAGGGCGAAAAAUACGGUAAUCAUCUUCACUUUGAACUCCCCCUCCCAAAUUCGUCAAUACAGUCAUACCUUGGAUUGAAUGUGCUUCAGGUUGAGCGCUUUCUGGUUGCGCUCCGCAGCGACCCGGAAGUAACAGAGCGCGUUACUUCUGGGUUUCGCCACUCAUGCAUGCGCAGACGCUCAAAAUGACAUCACACGUAUGCGCAAAAGCGGCAAAACGUGACCCACGCAGACGCGCUGUCACGUCUUAUGCUCUGUUCAGGAUGCGAACGGGGCUCCAGAACGGAUCCCGUUCGCAUCCCGAGGUACCACUGUACACCAAAACUUUUUAUUGUUUCAUUGAUAAUGUAAAAGUAGCAUGAUACUUACUGUAUUUUUCGCUCCAUAAGACACACUUUUCCCUCCUAAAAAGUAAGGGGAAAUGUGUGUGCGUCUUAUGGAGUGAAUGCAGGCAGGAGGCUCUGCUCAGCGCUCCCUUUAAAGAGCCGCACAGAGCGUGUGUACAGCUUUUGGGGGCUUUUCCCCGAGGAGGGAGAAGGGACUGACGGGCUGCCCUCUGUCCCUUCCCAUACCUCCUAGAAAAGCUAGCAAGAGCCGCUGCCAGGCUCUGCUCAACGCUCCUUUGUAAGGGCUCCCUUUCGUCCCUCCUCCCGCUUUGCUGGGAAGCUAGCAGAACAAGAGGGCCUGCGCAGCUAUCGCUCUUGCUCUGCUGGCUUCAGCGAGAGCUGCGCAGCUUGCUCUCUGGCUUAUCAGCGAAGAGGGAGGAGGGACGGAAGGGUUUAAAGCAAGAAAAGCGAGAGCCGCUUAUAUGCUCUGCGCAGAAUAUUUUUUCCUUGCUUUUCCCCUCUAAAAACUAGGUACGUCUUAUGGUCAGGAGCGUCUUAUGGAGCGAAAAAUACGGUGAUCUAAGCACAACUGCAAGGGCUCCUGAUUGGAUGUUUGGCAAUACAAUGUUAAUUAUUUUUUAACUCUACUCUGUACUGUUUCCCCUUUGUUUUUGUUUUAACCAAUUCACGAACCAAGAAACUAUACACUGACCACUAAUGAUGAAUCAUAUGUUGUAGAUAUUACUGCACAUUAUGGUAUUUUUGUGAUAAACAAGUGACAUGUGAUGACUUUGUCUAUUUAUAUGCAUCAUUAUUCCAAAGCCUAGUAAAAAGUUAUUCAAAAAAGAAGAGCAAAAAAGAGUGACAUGUCAGAAUGUAAUGAACAAAAACUCUUCCUAAGGGUUCAAUAUGUGGGAUGUUAGCAUCCAAAAUGCAUAUGUAAAGGGUUAAUUGCAAGAGCUGUAGAACUCCAUGACAGUUAGUAGAACAAUCUUAACUGUUACAGCAUCAGGUAUGUUAUGUUGUGCUACUGUCUGCCUUGAUUAGUUAGUCUGUGGCAGUGUAACCUAUGUAAGCCGUAUCAGCAAUUUAAGAAACAUCCACCUGCAUUGUAUAUUUUAAUCUGCAACGGCAAGUACACUAAAGUAAAAAUUAUUUGUUAUUUAAACUUUAAAAGAAAGCCUCUUGCAUAGUUUUUAUAGGAGAGAAAAGAGAACUAAUUAAAGGGUCAAAAGACCCAGGGCUGUCUUCCGUAUAUACCAUAAAUGGGAACUAGAGUUUAAUUACAACAGGAUAAGCAUUCAAAAGUAUAAAACAGAAGGACACGACAGAGGUAAGAAAAAAUCUGGGUGGGGGGUGUACCCUCCAAAGUCUGCAGCUGGUAAAAACACUUGUAUAGACUUUGUUAGAUCAUUCUCUGUGCAAUUCAGAUUUUGAUUUACACCAAAGGAAAGAGACAAAACAAGCAGUGAACACCACUUGAAAGUCUAAACAGCAACAGUUAAUCUGAAAUUUGUUUUCAGAACUAGAGGAACAAAGGACUUUAUUUUUAAGGACAUAGAGACAGAGCAACAAGGCAAAGAAAAGGAUUUGCAGACCACUUUUUUAUUUUACACAAAGAAAGACUCAGUUCCAAAGUAAAUCAACUGCAGAUAAUUUACUUUCAUAGUUGCUGCAGCCACCUUGUGAAUUCAACUUCAAAACCCCUACAGUGGAUUGUAUUCGAUCUGAGCUGGUCCCCGUUAAAUUAAUGGGCAUGAGUGACUAACUUAGAGCUGAAAGCAGUGUUCAGCAUUUGGAAGAUAGAUAGAGAUUUGUUUGGCAGCCCCAACAUUUUGUUGUUGGGGCUUUAAAGUGCUGCUCAUCACAUAGGGCAGGGGAAAAUGAGUCACCUGACAACAUCACCCCCCAUCUCUCCCACCAGGUGAAUUGUGCUCCCCAUCUCUAAACCAAUAACUACUGGUCUUCUGCCUACCUAAAUCUGCUUUGACUGUCUCUGUCAUCUGUUAACCCCAACACAGCCAGGAUAUGGUGGUCUAUAAAUGAAAGCAAAUUACCUCAUGUAAGUAUGACAACUCAUCCUUCACUUUAUGAUACUCAUCCACACACUCCAAACAGUAACAAAGGUCUUCGUUGGCUGCAGCAAAUUUUUCUGGAGGCAGUAAAGAAGAGGCAUAGUUCUUUAAGGUGGUGAUAACCGAAUCAAUAGGGGUGCACCAACAGCAUGUCUCCAUUCUGCAGAUAAACACAAAAAUAAGAGAAAUUAUUGUUUUAAUUAUUUAAAAACAUGAACACAGAAAUGACCUGAGCCAAGUUCAGUAACACAGAAAGUUGCCUUAUACCAAGCCUGGCAUAAGAACUUAAAUGAGCUUGCCAAAUCAGCCCAACAGGGGGCAAUUCCAAGCCCUACUUGUAGAUGCUGGGGACUGAACCUUGUACUGUCUGCAUGCAAAGUGGGUGCAGCUCCAUCACUGAGCUACAGCCCCUCCUCAGUUACCUCAGGGGGAAGCUCCACUAUACAGGUUCACAUCUGUACAUACAAUAACUAUCAAUAUUUUGUGACCGAAUGACUUAUUGUGUCAAUGUAACUUUUACCAACACACACUCCCCACAUACAUCUAUCUCCCAGCUUCCUGUCUGACAAGGCAGCACAACAUAGGUUGUGUUAAAGCAUAAAUAUUUGCCAAAAAUAGAUGGCUCCUUGCGCCAGAGUUGUUGCUGGUUUUCAGAAACAGGGAAGAGAUAAGCACUCUGGUGACCAUCACGGUAGCCCUGAACUAAAGGUGCUUAAGACUGGUACAUCAGCUGUUUAUUUUGCCAAACAUUAAGAUGUAAAUUGAUUUGAUGGUAUUCAUUCAGUCAUGACCAUUAUGCGCACCCCCCCCAAAAAAACCCCCAUCCAGGGCCAAAAUGAGCAAGGAAUCUGCCAACACUUGAAAAGAAAUGCACAACUCUGUGCUGGCAACCUAUUGUGCUCCCAGGACAAACCAGGCAGUCUCACACCCUAGUUUGCGCUCAGGAGGAAUAUUAACAUAUUAAUAUUUGCCAAGGCCUUCGCAAUGCAAUUUAAGAAAGUUUUACAAUGAAUAUUAACUGCUAUUAUGCCCAGUAGUUUGGUUAAUGUUUUAGCUCCAAAGCUUCCUUUUGGGGAGGAGAAGCAGUUUAUAAAUUUGGAGUGAUAAAUCAACUGCACAAGAUCACAAGUGAAGGGGUGCCCAAACUUCAGCUUUAGUUAUGGAACCUUAAUACACAAACUGUUCACUGAUUCUUGGAUAAUCUUAAAGGUAAAGGUACCCCUGCCCGUACGGGCCAGUCGUGUCCGACUCUAGGGUGGCGCGCUCAUCUCGCUUAAGAGGCCGGGAGCCGGAGCCGUCCAAAGACACUUCCGGGUCACGUGGCCAGCGUGACGAAGCUGCAGCUAGCGAGCCAGCACCAGCGCAGCACACGGAAAUGCCGUUUACCUUUCCGCUAGAAAGCGGUACCUAUUUAUCUACUUGCACUUAGGGGUGCUUUCGAACUGCUGGGUGGGCAGGAGCUGGGACCGAACGACGGGAGCUCACCCCGCCGCGGGGAUUCGAACCGCCGACCUUAUGAUCAGCAAGUCCUAAGCACUGAAGUUUUACCCACAGCGCCACCCGCGUCCCUUUGGAUAAUCUUGCUUUAAGGCAAUUAAAAUUUCCCCACAAUAAAAUAUAAAUGUCUACCCCAAAUACACAUUAAAGCAGAUGAGCCAAAUUUGUUACUUUGGUUUCUUCCCAUUUGCUUUCACUCUGCCAAAUUCAUUUUUUUCUUUGCUUACUCACAGAUUACUUCCUAAUACUACUGUCCCUGACUCACUUCUUUCCUGUUCUUUGUAACCUGCUACCUCCCAAUACAUUUAUUUUACAGGCAUACUGCACAAAUCAACAAGGUGGCAGUCACAUCUGUAAAACAGCAUAAAAGCAAGCACCUGUACAGUGAUAUGCCGUAACAAAGGAACUGAGUGAUAAAAUUAUGAAUUUGGCUAUGUUCAAUGCAGGCAUUUGAAACAAAGUGCUGAUGGUGCAUCCUGAAUAUUAUCAGGGAAUUCCACAGCCUAGGUGCAGGGACACUACAACUACACCUUUCAUGCAUUGCCAUUAUUUAAACAACAGAAUUCUUACCCCAAGCCAUAACUCUGUAUCUGCAUCUCCUUUUGACUUCCUUAAUCUUCCUUAUGGGUAGGUAUUUUUUAAGACUAAUUGUAUGGGCAUGGUUCGUUCUUUUUAAUCUAUGGUUACCAGAUUUUUUUCAGUGAAUCCGGGGACAUUUUUUUGAAGCUGAGUAGCAACAGGGAGUCAGUACUGGGGAUGGUGAGGCAAAAGACCCUGGGCCCAAGCACACAUGCAUAUUGUAUAAAGGAGCAAAGCCUUUCUUUCGCACCCUGUGAAACAUAAAUGCGCAGUUUUUUAAAAAAAAACUGGGCAACAGCGCGCCAUCCACCCAUGACUCCCGAGCCUUCCUUGAUCUCCUGCCCCUUUCCCCCUUUGUUUGGGGGAGGCUCAGGAGUCAUGGGCGGGCAGCUGUUGCCCAGGAGGGGCACAAGACACAUGGUUUCCCUGCCAGGCAAGGUGCAAAGCCCUUCUUUCGCACCCUGUGAAACAUAAAUUUGCAGUUUUUUUAAAAAAACUGGGCAAUGGUCAGCUGCCCGUGACUCCCCCGAUCUGUCAAAACAAAGGGGGCAGGGGACCUGUACCACCGGACGUCCCUGGUUCCCCUUCGGCAGUGGCGGCGGCAGCCUCAGCAGCCCAGAGCCAGUCUGGUAGUGCAGUUGGCUCUGGUUGGCUUCAGGAGCUGCUUGCUGCCCACUGCCAUGGCGCCCACCAUUUUGCUCUCCGGAAGUCCCCAUAUGAUGUGUUGUGCACAAUACACAUCAUAUGGGAACUUCCAGCGGGGAAAAAUGGUGGGCACCAUGGUAGUGGGCAGCGGGCAGCUCCUGAAGCCAGCCAGAGCCAACUGCGCUACCAGGCUGGCUUCAGGCUGCUGAGGCUGCUGCUGCCACGUUUUCCGGGGACAGAUUUGCAAAUCUGGGGACAUUCCGGGGACAGAAUUUGUCUGGGGACAGAUUUGAAAAUCCGGGGACUGUCCCCAGAAACAGGGGACAUCUGGUAACCCUAUUUUAAUCAUCAUCCAAUGUUUAGAUUUUAGGCACUUUAUAAAUCAUUAUGAAGUUAUAAUUGAUAGAUAAACUCAACUUUUGCUGAACACAUCAGCAUAGGAGCAUAGAAACCUGCCACAUACCAUGACAAGACUAUUGGUCCAUCAGCAGCAACACACCAGGGUUUCAGACAGGGCACUUCCCCAGCUUUACCUGGGGAUGCUGAGGAUUGAACCCGGGACCUUCUGAAUGCAAAGCAGUUGCUCUGCCACAGUGCUACUGUACUGGCAAACUGGCCAAGGUUUUCUUGAUUCAAGUAAGCAAAAAAGGACACCAAGCUUGUUUCUUAAAUGGAUUUUAUUCAGAGAAUGAGGAAGGUAAAGAGCAAAGGAAAGCAGAUAAACUCUUUCAAUAGCCUGAGAAUCCCCUCUGGAUGGCAAAAUGGUCAGAUCCUGUCAGCAAAGGUGCAGCACUUGGACACACUACAGCUGUAUUUUUCUGUGGAUUUUCUGCAAGGACAGAACUCUUGUCUCACCCCAUCCCCAUUCUUGGAACACAUUAAUUACCUGUUCCUUGUGUUAAUCCUCCCAUGGCCUUGACAAUAUUUCUGCUGUCUUACAAAGCAGGCAGUGAUAAUAUCUGUGUGACUAGAUACCCCACUACCCAUGUAUAUGGGGAGGCACCCACUGCCAGAUGGUUCUGUUGAGAGAUUCAGCAUAGGCUUACCUAAGAAGUCAACAGCUCAACAUUCUCAGGCAGUACCCAACAAAACAACAAGAACCCACCAACAACAUAUGAAUCAAUAUGGCUAACAACCCAACAAUUCCCCUCCAUGCCCGCAGGCAAACAAAUCUCACUGCAGCCCGCUAAAGACAACCAGCCAUGCCUGCCCUCCACCUCUCUCAGUACCACGGAAAUUAAAUGGAUAGAAAGGGAAACGACCCAAGCGACGCUGACAUAAAAACCACACACAAAGACCAAGCAUUACCACCCCAACCCACCCCCUCUCCCCCCUCUUCUUCCCCAACUUUAUUCUGCAUACAACAUUAAUGUCUCACUUCAAAUGUAAAAAAGCCUACAACCUGAAAAAGAGACAAUGCAUGUACUUUUGCAAACCAAAACAAUAUCUAACUUUUAAAAAAUGUUAUUUAAAGACCAUUAGACUGUACUAAACUGUACCGUUGACAUAGAAUUGCUACAAAUUGCUACAAAGAACAACGCUACAAAUAUAUAAUGCGCAUCUCUUCAGGGGCUAAAGUUACUUCACGUAUAAGGAAAGAGGGGCUACAUACAGCUACACAAGUAACUCCGGGAACCCACCGCGUCUUCUUCCAAAGCCGGGGGCAGCCCUCGACUUUGCCGUCUGCGCAGCGGCAGCGACUCCAAGAAUUCCCGUCUUUUAGAGACUUCGCGGAAACGCGAGGAAGCCCCCGGAACCGACCCUAAGUGUAACAUGCGAAUUACACGCACAUUUCACGGGGACUCUCCCUUGACAGUGGGGGGGAAAGGGGUGCAGCAAAGGCACUUUCUAACAUGCAGAACUGGAGGGACAGAGAUGCUGCGGGGGGUACCUGAAGCGGGGAAUAGCCGUGCCAGCCCCGCAACCAUAAGCAACUGUUGAGUUGCUGUAUUACUCCUUGCCCUCCUCCCCACACCUUCGCCGCAGCCCCUCAUAAGCCUCCCACACACCGCCAGCCCCUCGCCUCACUCACCUCCUGCUCCGGACAGGUGCCCGUGAGGCAAGGUGGCUGCCACAGCCGGCCCGUAGGCGCGGACAACCUUGCUGCCUCCAGCUCUCGCUCUCUCGUUCUCUCCGCUCGCUCAAGCUGUUCCGCCAGGCACUGACCCCGCCCACCACGCGACGGAAGCCUCUCACUCCAGCGAAGAGACCGAGCCGGCAUCCGAGCCUCCUUUUUCUAGACUCUUGGCCCCGCCUCCCUGGCUCCGCCCACAGUGGUAGAUAAGUAAAUGAGAGGCAAGCGCACAAACGCGCGUGCUCAAAAAGCCUUCUCCCCGCUCUCCCGCCACCCUAGAGUUAGGAAAAUAGAGAGUCGCCUCAGGCUCUGUUUGCCGCUCUUCUCCCCUCCCGCCACCCUAGAGUUAGGAAAAACAGUAGAGUCGCCUCAGACUCUGCUUACUGCUCUUCUGCCUCAUUACUCAUUUUGCAUAGACUGAUAAAACAGUAGGCGGGUCAUUCUCACUGCCGGAGACGAUGCGUCCGAUAUAGAUAUACACAUAUAUAGUUAGCACACACAUACAAAAACUCUUCGCUCGCCUCCGCCCGCACGGCGCCUGCGCGCCCUGCGAAGGUUGCGCCAAAUGAAAGGGAGGCGGGAACGCAGGCGCUGAUUGGACGGCAGAGUUUCUCGCGUCACCAGUAGAAAAGGAAAACAAAACUCCACGUGCUGCCUUGAACUCACAGCGAAAUUCUAGUUGCGCCUGUAUUUUUUAAAUUGUUUCUGAUCGCUCAUUGAUUUGGCUGCACUCUUCGUUUUAAAAGGGCGCAGUUCGUUUGCAUGUGCUUUAUUGUGCUUAUUUCUCUCUGCUGUGUAACGCUAUUACAGAGACAGACGCAACAACCCUGUGAAGUGGGCUUAGGCUUCGAGAAAGAGAAGCUAACCGGCUCAAAAACCACACGCAGUGAUCACCGUAGCUUAGCAGAUGCUUGAGCCUUGGCCUCUUACCUAGGUCCGCUUUCUAACAUCACCCUUUAUCUAAAGAGCUCUGGGUAUGUCAAACACACCGCUCUGCUUAAAAUAGCCGCUCAGAACCCAAUCCAACCCACCCAUGUUUAGCACAAGCUCCUGGCCUCCCGAAAAGACGCGUCCCGCCUCUCCUCUCGGGAGAUGUUUAUUCCUCUUUCCAACCAACUCGCAGGGGCGGGGAUGGAACGUAUUUCGAAAGUUCGGCCGAGGCGCUCUAGCCUUUCCAAGUCAACACGCUCCUUCCGCUGAGGGGAGGAAACGGUGAAAAACAACCGGAAGUGGAGCCCGUGGCGCGUGUGCUGGACCGCUUUGCCUCGGUCUGUUACCGAAGAAGAAGCAGAUGCAUCAGGUAUAUUUUAGUGUAUUUAUCUCGCAUUACAGUAGCCUGGCCAGUUCGUAAAGAGGAAUUAGGGUUCUCGGGAUGCUGUUUUCGAAGCAGGAAGGGAUGCUUAAUUGCUUUGGAGAGCCAGUGUGGUGUAGUAAUUAAGAGCGGUAGACUCCCUAAUCUGGUGAUCCGGGUUCUCGUCUCCGCUCCUCCACAUGCAGCUGCUGGGUGACCUUGGGCCAGUCACACUUCUUUGAAGUCUCUCAGCCCCACUCACCUCACAGAGUGUUGUGGGGGAGGAGGGGAAAGGAGAAUGUUAGCCGCUUUGAGACUCCUUCGGGUAAUGAUGAAGCGGGGUAUCAAAUCCAAACUCUUCUUCUUCUUUACAGUAUUUAGUAUUAUAGGUGCCUAAAGCGCUUCCACGUGGGUUACUCCUUUGUUUACUGCAUCUAUUCAUAUCGCACGCUUGCUCUAACCAGUUUAUCGCUGAUUGUUGGUCACACUGGCCGGGCCAAUUUAUUUGUUUUUAUUUAUUAAAUUUUCAUCUCAUCCAUCCCAAAGGAGCCCAAGGUGGGAAACCCAUCCACAGUUUUAAAAAAGCAAACUCUUAAAACAGUUCUAAAAUGGCAUUUCAUCCACCGUUUUCAGGACUGCCAGGAUCAGUGUUUUUCAGCCACCAAAUAUCUGGGUAAGCUUGACAAUUUCAAAUUCCUCCUGAAAGUUAAUAACGUUGGAGACAGACUAGCCUCACUAGAGAAGCCAUAUGACAAACUGAAACCACCACUGAUAAGGCCCUGUCAUGAGUCAGGACCAACCAGACAACCCUCAAUGGUGGCACCACCAGCAAGGCCUCAUCUGUGUGUGAGAUGUUUGAUAUUAGUAUUGUAGGGGGGAAAUGGGAUUGGCUUUUGCUGCCCAAUUCCCCAACAGACUCUGAGUCCCCUAAGUCCAUGAUCAGUGAGAGAAGAAUGGAUGGAGGCAAGAUCCAGUGAAAGCAAGGCAGAUCUUUAAUUUUCUGUUGUGUGACAGAGUUCCCCCCUCCUUGCAAGGAGAUGAGAGGCUCAGAGCAAAGGUUUGUAAGCCACUUUAAAAACUUUCAACAAUGCUCAACCCCUUAGCCAAAGACUACCCAGAAAAAUAUCACAGAAAGAGGAAGUCUGCCACAGACAUUUGAGAGUGUGGCUUCUCUCCUAUCUACCAGGAUACCUGAUAAUGUUUUACUGCAGGGGUCAGCAAACUUUUUCAGCAGGGGGCCGGUCCACUGUCCCUCAGACCUUGUGGGGGGGCGCGGACUAUAUUUUGAAGAAGAAGAAAAAAUGAACCAAUUCCUAUGACCCACAAAUAACCCAGAGGUGCAUUUUAAAUAAAAGCACACAUUCUACUCAUGUAAAAACACGCUGAUUCCCGGACCGUCUGCGGGCCAGAUUUAGAAGGUGAUUGGGCUGGAUCUGGCCCCCCCCCCCCAGGCCUUAGUUUACCUUCCCAUGUUUUACUGGUUGCAUUACCUGGGCAGUCUGGCUAUUCUUUUGAAGUAAAUACUUUAGUUCUUGAAUCCAGGUCACAGGUCCACCCUAUUCAUACACAAAGUAUGCCCUUAAGACAGGAUUUGGAAGUAAAAGAACUAAUGUAUCAAGAAAGGCUUCUCUUUAGGUCAUUAGGAGAGCCAAGAUGGUUUUUUAGGAUUGUUCUGUUUUCUCAGGGAAUACUUCCUAAAUUUUGAUGAUGGAAGUAUUGGUUUUCUGUUGAGUGUAUGUCUGCUGUGUGUGUGCAUCCUAACAUUUUAUAACCAUAGGUAGGAUAUACUACUUGCUGACUACCAGAGAAGGAGGGAGUGCUGGUGACCUCAAUUUCUGCUUGGUGGUUACAUGGACCAUUAGCCUGAUCCAGAAGAACUCUUCUUAUGUUCUUAUGAUUAGAGCUGCAGGUCAGUGGUAGAGCAUCUGCCUUGGAUGCAGAAGGUCCCAGCUUUUUCUGAUAGGGCUGGGAAUGAUUCAUACUUGAAACCCUGAAGAGCCAACCAGUGUAGACAGUACUGAACUAGAUGGACCAAUGGUCUAACUUGGUAUAAGGCAGCUUGUUAUGAAAGUUUGGAGGGCACUAUGUUGACUUCAUCUCCUGUAGUACAGAAGCUUUUGUGCACUGGUCCCAUUUUGUCAGAUGCCUAAAGUGUUUCCCUUAGGUGCAUGAUGUAACUGCUGUUUUGGAUGAUCUCAUCUUAGUAUAGCAAACCAAUAUAUGAACAAACCUUUUACUGUGGUACCUCAGGUUACAUAUGCUUCAUGUUACAGACUCCGCUAACCCAGAAAUAGUGCUUCAGGUUAAGAACUUUGCUUCAGGAUGAGAACAGAAAUCGUGCUCCAGCGGCGCGGCAGCAGCAGGAGGCCCCAUUAGCUAAAGUGGUGCUUCAGGUUAAGAACAGUUUCAGGUUAAGAAUGGACCUCCGGAACGAAUUAAGUACUUAACCCGAGGUACCACUGUAUAUAUUUACACUUCUAUCCCUGACAGGUUAUCAAAAGCACGAAAGUUUCUAACAAACAUUAUUCACAGAACUGCAGCCCAAGAAAAUGUGUCAUGCAACUGAUGAAGUUAGUCUUUAAAUUGCAAAACAAAAAACAACCAAAAAACUCAAAAUCCAGACAGCAGCCCUGAAACCAAUGCAGAGGUGCUGGGGGAAAAUACAGGUUUUACUUUCAAAUCUACCCAGUGAGUUUAAAGGCCUUCUUCGGGAACUAAACUGAAAAACAGCCUGCAGAGAGAUCUGUGGGCUAUAUCUUCCAAUACCAAUAUAUUGCAGAGUAGUGUAACAGUUAAGAAUGCUGGACCUGGGUUAAAUUCAUAUUGAAUCAUGAAGCUUACUAGGUGACCUUGGUUCAGUCAACCCAUCCCUCAAGUUUGCUAUGAGGAUAGAAUGGGGAGAUGAGAACUACGUACACCACAUUGAGCUCCUUGCAUGAAAAGGCAGGAUGUGAAUAUAAUAAGUAAAUAACUGGAAACUAGCACUGAAGUGCCGCAGCACUGGGCAGCACUAAAUACUCUUAAGACUGAGUUUUAAAUGCUGUAUCAUGUUUUUAAUAUUAGGUUGGGAGCUGCCCGGAGUGGCUGGGGAAACCCAGCCAGAUGGGCGGGGUAUAAAUAAUAAUAAUAAUUAUUAUUAUUAUUUAUUUGCCACUUCUCCUUUGCUUUUUAAAGGAAAUUAUGCACAGAGCUGAUGCAUCAUCAGCCUCAAAUGGCUUUCAUUUCCCAGAGUUGGUGAAGAAGAAGAAGAAAAAGAAGAGGAAGGAGGGCCUUAAUGGACAGGGGGAUGACCAACCUGUGGAGGCUGCCCCUUGCUCGCCUCCAUCUUCCGGACAUUCCUCAAUUUUUCCUUGGCUCGUUGAGGAUACAGAAGCUACUGGGGCCUGUAGAAAAAAAACAAAGAACAUAAAAGCUGGGAAAGAGAUUCCAGACUCUGAGUCAGAUGCUACUUGGAUCCCAACAGACAGUGAGCUGAAUAGCAAGUCUGGAACAGAUACUCGCGUAUGUAAUAAGAAAAAGAGGAAGUAUCAACAUAGUGAACAAGAGGGUGGCAGAGACUUUUGCAUUCCUGAGACUCCAGAAAAGGCCAGCAGCCUGCAUCCUGUGGUACCCUUAAUGCAGCGCUUAGAUCUUUCCCUGCAGGAGAAAAAGCAGACACCUCAGUCAGACAAAACUGCAGAAUUUUGUAGUCCCAUUGCACGGAAGAAGAAGAAAAAGCAUAAAAAAGCUGAAACUCCAGAAGAGGCCAGCAGCCAGCUUGAAGCCAGUGACUUGGAAAAUGCAGGUUAUGUCUCUGAAUCCACACCUGUUCAGAAGAAGAAGGCAAAAGUGCUCUUGUUAACAGAGCAGGCCAAGGCAAAUGGAGCUUCUGACAGGCUCACAGAUAUUAGGGCUCACCCUCCGAGUUUGCACAAGCACAAUAGAACAGACUGCAGUGACACAGGAGACACACAGAAGGACCUCUUUGCACCUUCACCUCCUGCAGUACUCUUAACACAGCACUCAGACCUCUCCCAGAAGGAGAGAAAAGAGGCAACUGAGUCAGACAAAACUGUGGAGUUCUGUAGUCCCAUUGCACGGAAGAAGAAGAAAAAGCGUAAAAAAGCUGAAACUCCAGAAGAGGCCAGCAGCCAGCUUGAAGCCAGUGACUUGGAAAAUGCAGGUUAUGUCUCUGAAUCCACACCUGUUCAGAAGAAGAAGAAGAAGGCAAAAGUGCUCUUGUUAACAGAGCAGGCCGAGGCAAAUGGAGCUUCUGACAGGCUCACAGAUAUUAGGGCUCACCCUCCGAGUUUGCACAAGCACAAUAGAACAGACUGCAGUGACACAGAGGACACACAAAAGGACCUCUUUGCACCUUCACCUCCUGCAGUACUCUUAACACAGCACUCAGACCUUUCCCAGGAGGAGAGAAAAGAGGCAACUGAGUCAGACAAAACUGUGGAGUUCUGUAGUCCCAUUGCACGGAAGAAGAAGAAAAAGCGUAAAAAAGCUGAAACUCCAGAAGAUGCCAGCAGCCAGCUUGAUGCCAGUGACUUGGAAAAUGCAGGAUUGCACAAGCACAAUACAACCAACUGCAGUGACACAGAGGACGUGAAGGAGGACUUCGUUACACCUUUGCCUCCCCCUGUACCCUUAACACAGCCCUCAGACCUUUCUCAAGAGGAGAACAAUGAGGUGAAUAAGUUGGACAGAACUGUGAACUUCAGCAGCCCUGCCACACGAAAGAAAUCACAUAAGCGUAAAAAUGCUCCCAGCACGAAUGCUUCUGAUGGUGGGUAAGUACCUUACCCAUGGAUGGGCUUUCUUGGCAGGUGUGAGGAAAACAUGAACUGCUUUAGUAUUUAAAUUGAUGGUUAGCAAAAGGGUGAAGGGCUUCAUGCACAGGCUCAAGGCUAAAACAAGUUUGUUGGCAACAGAUCUCUUGUGUGUCUCAACCCAGAUCUGUCCCAGAUGUGUAGAAGUGGGAGUCUGGGAUUCAGAAGAUGCACUAGAGAGAGGGUGGAGCUUAGGAGUGUUGAAGCCUGCCUUCCUUUUCCACUUCAGCUGAAAAAGGCACUCCAGGCAGCUUACAGGUAUCAGAAAUAGUUGCUUCCCACUGGCUUACAAUCUAGAAACACAGCCAAUCAGAUUCAGGUAGGUAGCCGUGUUGGUCUGACACAGUGCACCUUAGAGACCAACUAAGUUUGUUCUGGGUAUAAGCUUUUGUGUGCAUGCACACUUCCUCAUAAUAAUAAUAAUAAUUGGCUGUAUUAAUUCCCCCCAAAUUGUAAAACGUUUCCAUGGUUGGAGUGCCGGAGUGUACUAAAAAGACUGUGUUUCAGCUGCCAGCCACCACUUGUAUUCGUUAUCCAAGCUUGUGUGCAUAGUAAAUUGUUUCAAUAUACACAUCACAUUCCAAGAGUCUUACACUCAAGCAUUAGAUAUGCUAUUCCAACACUGCAUAAGCAUCACUGGGCUGGUUGAUCAGGUCACCUAGUAAGUAAUCUUUCCAAGACAGGUGAGGUGUGGCUUUUGUCAAUAGCAUGUGUCUCACAAGCUAAUGCCGGGGUUUUCCCUGGCAUCCCAAAGCGAUUUUCAGUGCCAACAAGUGCCAGUAAUAGUAUGCAGGCCUCACGUUUUGCUCUCCUAACAGGCCACAGAAAUCUCCAACUCCUGUCCAUUCAGACGCUGAGGAAUCAUCUUCCAGCAAGUUUUCCCUUGUGGACAAUGAGUUUGUAGAAUUUUCUCAGCUUUCAAUGAAAGAUCUGGACUCUGCCACCAAGGAGCUGGAAGAGUUCAUUCCUCACAUCAGGACCCUGAGUGAUUCAGCGAUCAGACAGCUGGCUGGUCGGGACCUGGUCAGGUUUAGAAAUUUUAAGAAAAAAGGUGUGUACAGUCCUGAGUGAGAACACCUUUCACUUGGGUAGGCUCUUCAGUAAAUCAAAGGUCAUGGCAAUUUCUUUGCAUAAUCUCCAAAGUGUUAUGUACAGGUGAUUAAUACUCAAAUAAUGAAAAUGCAGAGGGGAAGGAAAGUGUACACUACCCUUUCAUCCUGGGAGGAAAGGUGGAAUACAAAUGUUGUUAUAUGUAUUCAUUGAAAGAAAGGGUGUGUAUUUGUGUAUAUAUAUGUAUAUUUAUUCAGACCACAUGUACCCCGUUCUUCAACCAAAAGAGGCUCUGAGUGGCUUACAUACAAUCCCUUAAAACAAAGCAGUCGCUUCUUAUGGGCCCACAAUUUAAAAAAGACAGCACAUAAGGAAAGGAGGACAUGGCAGGCAGAGGAAAACACAAACUCAGGCACCAAACAGGGCUUUAAUAACCAGCUGACACAGAAACAGUUUAGGGGUAGGAGGUUUCUGUUGCAGCUGGUAUUCUGGCAGAACUGGUAGAUAACCUGAUGGAAUGGUAGGUUUUACACAUACACACAUGUGCUCUUUGCAAGGGGCAUAGCAGUGGUGAGUAACCGGUAGUUCUCUAGAUGUUGCUUAUUUUGUGGGGAAAAGGUUGGGACACCACAUUUCUUGACUCCCAAUUCAGAAAAUCAAAGAGCAUGGUCUGCCCUCAUAUAUGUCACUUGUGGUCACUUGUAGGUGUGUACAUGCUCAGCAGGGGUGGGAAACUUGUGGCCCUCCAAAUGUUGUUGGACUCUUAACUCCUGUCUGCCCCAGGCCCAUUGCUAAUGGUCAAGGAUGGUGGGAGAUAAAAGUCUAGCAACCAUGUGGAGGGUCACAAUGUUUCCCACCUCUGGCUUUGAGAUGGCAAACAUUUGAUGUUUGUCCUAAUAACCAAGACCCAAACCCACAUCUACAACUAGCUUAUCAUUUUAUGGUAGGUGUAGAGAAGCUAUGGCCAUCUAGAGGUUGCUGAGCUUCCAACUCCCAUCAUACCUCGCCAUUGGCUAAACGCGAUGGGGCCGUUGGGAGCUGGAGUUCAGCAAUACAGUGGUACCUCGGGUUACCUACGCUUCAGGUUAAAGACGCUUCAGGAUACAGACUCCGCUAAUCCAGAAAUAGUACCUUGGGUUAAGAACUUUUCUUCAGAAUGAGAACAGAAAUUGUGUGGCAACGAUGCAGUAGCAGUGGGAGGCCCUAUUAGCUAAAGUGGGGUUAAGAAUAGUUUGAGGUUAAGAGCAGACCUCCAGAACAAAUUAAGUUCUUAACCCAAGGUACCACUGUAUCUAGAGACCCAAAGGUUACUGCACCUGUUUUAUGGGAGCACCAAGCACAAUUUAGGAGUCCUGGGUCCUGAAAAAUGGCCAGUUUCACAAAAGCUGACAGUAGACAAGUUAUCCAUGAGGCUCAUGUUGCAACACUGCAAGGUAUACGUGGCCCUGUGGCCCUGAAAACUACUCAGCGUUAUGAAUGAGUGAUUAACGCUGAAGGGCAAGGUCUGAAAUCUGAAACUUUCCUAUUCUCCCUUGGAAAUGAUGUAGGCGUUGCUGUGCGGUUUGGCAAAUUUUCCAGGAAAGAAAACCAUCAGCUGCGGCACAAUGUUGAGGCCUUCUUGAAAGACACUGGGAUAGAGUCUGCAGAAAAACUCCUCUUUGCUCACAGGUUCCCCCAAGAGAGAGAAUCCAUCAACAAACUGAAAACUAAAAACUUGUUUGGUGCAAAGAUUGGUGAGUAUUUGACUGGGUGGCUUUUGUGGGUGACUUGGUAGUGAGGGGGUAGUCUUGCUAAAAGAUUUGCCUCUCUAGUACAUUUGUGAAGCUGUCCAAAUUCCCUCCUUUGUCCGAAUCAAACCAUAAUCUAUUACAUAUAUGGGAAAGUUGUUUGUUUUACCAUGUGUAUGGACACUUGUUAAGAUACCAUAGCCAAAUUUAGCAUGAUGGCUCCUGAGAUCGUGGAGCAGGUAUUUAGGUUUGUUUGGAUACCAUUGGAUGCCAUUUUGAAUCAAGAUGGCGAACUGAAAUCUUACAAAACUGUCCUGGGUUUCUUCAUUUCUUGGAUUCCCAAGCAAUUCUGGCCACAGGCUAGCUAGUUAUAUACAAGUUAGUCAGGGAUGGAGAACCUUUGGUUCUGUAGAUAUUACUGCACAAAACCAUCAGGAAGAACUUUCCGACAGUAAGAGUAGUUUGACAGUGGAACAGACGCCCUUGGGAGAUUGUGAACUCUGCUUUGCUGGAGGUUUCUAAGCAGAGAUUGGAUGGCCAUCUGUUAGGGAUGCUUAGUUGAGAUUCCUGCAUUGCAGGGGGUUGGACUAGAUGACCCCUGGGGUACUUUCCAAUUCUAUGAACUCCCAUCACCAUUGACCGUGAUGAUUGGGACUAAUGGGUGUCCAGCAACAUCAGGGAGGGAAGGGUGGGAAUGAAAUUGAGGUCCCUUUAAACAGCUGUUCUCACACUUACCAGCUUGCAUACUUCAGGAGUCAAAGGCUCUGAUGGAGCUGGUCUUUUGGCCAAGCUGAUGGCCUUCGGCUUCCUCUCUCUCCCACGCUGAGGCAGCCUGAUGGAAUGGCUGCUCACAGAUGACAGUUUAGGGAGAUGAUGCAUGAUGGAGCUCAUGUGGUCAAAGCAGGGCUGAUGGAGUGAAUUUAAUUUUUAACCUCUCAGAAAGAGGGAAAGCCCCUAAAGAAAAAGAUCAACCACAGUCAUUAAGAAAUCAAAAGUUCCAUGUUUUUUCUAGCGUGAUGUACCGUUUUCCUUAGCUGGCCUCUGAGAACAUUUCCCAGAGAGAACAAGGUUCAUAACGAAUAAAUGCUGCUCUGGGCUUAUUAUAUAAAUUGAAUAAAGGGUGGUAAUAUUUUGGUGUAUAAAAACACAAUCAUAACAUAACUGCUGCAAAAUCAGCAACCCAUAAUCCAAUUAGUUCCUUAAUGUAGAUUGUCUUUAAUCACAAAAUGUCGAUUUUAAUGCAUCUUUAUCGAUUCUUCUGAAGCUCAGGGAAUUCCAAGGCCUUGGAGGCUAGUAUAUUACCGAGCAAGAAAAAUGUACGAUCCCAAGAAUUAUAAUGGAAGGUAAGAAAGGCAACUGGGCUUCUCUGGGGUUUUUUUGCUGUUGUCAUGGAGGCAUCCCAGAAUACUUGGCCACCGAGCCUAACAGGACAGGGUUCUGGAGUUCCUACUCGGAAAGUUUUUCUCUCUGCCUGAACUCCAAAAGACUCACGUUUUAGCUCCAGAUUUCUGAUUUCACUAAAGCUUUAACUUUUGUCCUUUGUCACUUCCAGUUCAAUGCAUACUUGUGGGGCUUAUUGGCUCCUGAUCUCAAGGAAGCAAGUAAUGGAAGCAAUAGAGACAGCCACUGUCUGAUGUGUAGCACGAGGGAGUUCCAAAUCUAGCAUGCCACUACACAAAAGGGACGAUUCCUACAUCAUAGCAAAUGGACCUCCCAGUAAUAUGGUAUCUCCUGAAGGCCAGCUCCUACAGAGUGAAGUCAGAGCAUAAGAGCCUGCUGGAUCAGGCCAAUGGCCCACCUAGUCCAGCAUCAUCUUCUCACAGUGGCCAUCCACAUGUCUGUGGGAAAGCAGCAAGCAGGACCCUGAGCACAAGAGCCCUCUCCCCUCUUGUGGUUUCCAGCAACUGGUCUUUAGGAUCAUUGCUUCUGCUGACCAUGGAAGCAGAGCAUAGUCAUCAUUGCUAGUAGACACUGAUAGUCUUCUCCCCAUGAAUUUUAUCUAAUCUUCUUUUAAAACAAUCUAGAUUGGUGGCCAUCACUUCCUUCUGUGGGAGAAUCCUCCAUAUUUUAACUCUGGUGCAUAAAGAAGUCCCUUUUUUAUUUUUCCUUUAUCUUCCAAAAUUCAGCUUAAUUGGAUGUCCAUGAGUUCAAAUGUUAUGAGAGAGGGAGAAAACUUCUUUCCUUCCACUUUCUCCAAGCCAUCCAUAAGCUUAGAAACUUCUAUCAUGUCACCAAGUAAUCGCCUUCUCUCUAUGUGGAAAAGUCCACAAUGCUUCAACCUUUCUUCAUAAAGCAGUCACUCCAUCUCCUUGAUUAUUUUGGUUGCCCAUUUCUAAAGCUUUUCCAAAUCUGCAAUAGCCUUUCUGAGGUGAGGCAACCAGAACUGUACAGUCUUCCAAAUGCGGUCACGCCAUAGAUCCAUAUGAGGGCAUUAUAAUAUUGAUUCCACUGGUGCUUCGUUGGGUAUGUACUGGGUGAGAAUGUAAAAUGUAUUUUGCAUUGAGCAAUUUCUUUCCAAAAUGUUCAUUUACCAAAGGUUGCUCUUGGAUCCAGUCAUAAGCAUUAUUAUUAUUAUUAUUAUUAUUAUUAUGUUUAUUAUGUUUAUUAUGUUUAUUACAUUUAUAACCUUCCUUCAAGGAGCUCCUCCUCCUCAUCUUAUCCUCACAGCAACCCUGUGAGGUAGGUUGGUUUGAGUGACUGCAGCUGGCUCAUGAACUUCAUGGCUGAAUGGGAAUUUGAACCCUAGUCUACUAUGUCUUAGUCAUAGGAAUGGUGCAUCCAGAAUACUAUGCAAAGAGUUAAUGCUGUAGCAUAGAAUCUGUAGCAAGUAUAUUGUGUUGUGCUGCUGUCUGCCUCAUAGUCAGUCUGUAAAUAUUAGUCAGUCUCAGACACAAGUUCAUGUAAAUAUAUUUCAGUAGUAUAAGUAUUACCUGCCUUUCUUGUUCAUUCAAUCUGACAAGAGCAAGCACACCUAGUAAAAGCCAUGUUAUUUUUAAACUUUAAAAGCAAGUGUUGCAUAGUUGUUGUUUUUUCUGGGAGAAAAAGAGAACUAUUAAAAAGGGCCUAACAACUUGGGGCAACCUCCGCACAACUCUGUAAAGUAUAAUUACCACAAGUCUGACACACUAACCCACUACCAGUGCAACUAGCUCAUUGAGAACAGCAACCCUUUUUCUCCCUAGGUAUUCUGAGUUGGAGAAAAAGAAGCUCAAGAAGUAUCAAGCCAUGUAUGGCAACAACUGGAAAAAGAUCUCGGACCUGAUGUCUCGCAGCAGCCAUUCAGUUGAAACAAAAUUUUCUGAGAUCAAAUGUGGUAUAUUAACACUCCUGCUCUUCCCCCCACCCCACCCCAACCCUGGCCUAAUCCUUCCUCAAACCAGGGCUCAGGGCUUUUAAAAUAAUUAUUUAAAAAUUUCACCAAAAAAAGCAGAAUUAUGGAAAUUGGGCAUGCUGGUGUAUCUUUUUUGGAUCAUUUAUUCUAUGGUACUUUCUUACCUCUGUCAUUCAAAUUCGGCAACUUGAGGGUGAGGGAGCCAAGGGGACGGAGGCCCAAAAACGUUUGGGAACUACUGAACUAGGUUGAAUGGAGAACUGUUGCUAUCUGUUUAAACCAGCAAUCCAGUUUGUCAUUCUUGUUACUGAUGCUAGCCAGCCAAGACCUUCCCCUGCAUAAGCCCUUGCAAGAUGUCUAGAGCUGAUAAUGAAUUAAAUCAGUAUUUUCCCCUUUUAAAUGAAUUCAGCGUAUAACUCCGGUCCUUGGGGUUCUGAAGAGACAAGGAAGCUAGUUCAAGCCAUCAAGGAGACACUGCUGUCCAAAAUGAGAGACUCAGAUCCUGCUUCAGAGAAAGAGGAUGAGGAUGGAGCACUCAUGGUCACGUAUGAGAAUCUCUGGAAGGGCAUCUCGUGGUCCAAAGUGGAAGCCAAAGUGGGCACCAGGCACUGGAGGCAGUGUAAACAGAAGUGGUAAGAGUGGUCAGGGAACCUUUGUCUCCCUCUAGACAUUGAGCACAACUCUCAUCAGCCACUGGCAACAUGCAUACGAAAAGGUCCCAUCCUUGACACCUCUAGUUAGGUCUGCAGAAUGAUCCUUUCAAGAAACCCCUGCCAGCUGUCCUCAGGCAAAUUGUUCCUCCCUUUUCCUCCUGACCUGGCCACAGUGAUCCAAACGACAUUCACCUCCAGGCUUGACUACUGUAAUUCCCUCUACACGGGGCUGCCCUUGAAGCCGUCCCAGAAACUCCAGCGGGUGCAGAAUGCUGCAGCGAGGCUCCUCACGGGGUCUCUGCCAUGGGAGCAUAUUCACCCAGUGCACUGGCUCCCAGUGGAGUACAGGGUCAGAUUUAAGGUGCUGCUUUUGACCUUUAAAGCCCUUCACGGCCUAGGACCCUUGUACCUACGGGACCACCUCACCCGGUAUGUCCCACGUAGAGCCUCAAGGUCCAUAAAUAGCAACACCCUAGUGGUCCUGGGCCCUAAGGAAGUUAGAUUAGCUUCAACCAGAGCCAGGGCCUUUUCAACACUGGCUCCGGCCUGGUGGAACGCUCUGCCUCAUGAGACCAGGGCCCUGCAGGAUCUGAUUUCUUUCCGCAGGGCCUGUAAGACAGAGUUGUUCCACCUGGCCUUUGGCUUGGAGACAAUUUGAUUCCCUCCCCCUCUUUCUUUUUUCUUUUUUCUUUUCCCUUUCUCCUCCUGUGAUGAGGCUGCAUUUUAAUAUUUUAAUGUUGUAUUUUAAUCUUGUUUUUAAGUUGUAUUCAUUCAACUUGUUUUUAUUAUUGCUUGUUAGCCGCCCUGAGCCCGGCCUUGGCUGGGGAGGGCGGGGUAUAAAUAAAAAUUAUUAUUAUUAUUAUUAUUAUUAUUAGGUGGGGCUAUUCAAAUUUGUUGCUCAUUCCCCCUUUUAAUUAUUGCUUUUUUAUUUUAUUUUCUUUCAUUAUACAAUUACAAAUUCACACCCAUAUUUUCACUUAUAUUUAAGGUAUAACAAUCCAUAUUGUGAUUACCUCUCCCCGCCCCCCCCCCCCCGUGAUUUCCCACCACCACAUUGCAGCUUCUUCUAUUUACAUUUCAUUUUCUAUUGUUUUGUAUAUCUUGUUAUCAUUUUUGCACAAAAUAAAUGACUUAUCUAUCUGGAUUUUUACUUAUCCCAAACUUCAAUAUCUAAAAUGUCCGUAUUUCCCAAAAUCAUCUCCUCUCUUAACCAGCAUAAACAUGUGGCUUUAUAAUAGAGUUUUAAAUCUGGCAGAGCGAAGCCUCCUUUCUUUUUUAUCCAUUAGUAAUUUGUACUUGGACUGAUGCGGGUGGCGCUGUGGUCUAAACCACAGAACCUAGGGCUUGCCAAUCAGAAGGUCGGCAGUUCGAAUCCCUGUGAUGGGUGAGCUCCCGUUGCUUGGUCCCUGCUUCUGCCAACCUAGCAGUUCGAAAGCACGUCAAGUGCAAGUAGAUAAAUAAAUAGGUACCGCUCCGGCAGGAAGGUAAAUGGCGUUUCCAUGCGCUGCUCUGGUUUGCCAGAAGCGGCUUAGUCAUGCUGGCCACAUGACCCGGAAGCUGUCUGCGGACAAAUGCCGGCUCCCUCGGCCUAUAGAGUGAGAUGAGUGUGCAACCCCAGAGUCAUCCGUGACUGGACCUAAUGGUCAGGGGUACCUUUGCCUGUAAUUUAUACUUGAUACAUGGUUUCUUGUCCUGCCAAAUAAACUUGGAUAUGUCCCUCUCCAGAUUUUAAAACACUCCAUUUCCCUAUAAUUGGGAUCAUUUGAAAAAGAAAUAAUAUUUUGGGUAAAACAUUCAUUUUGAUAGUCGAAAUUCUUCCCCAUAGUGUCAAAUUUCAUCUAUUCCAGAUUUCCAUAUCUUUUUUUAUUUCUUUCCAUACUUUAUUAUACAUGGUUACCCCAAUUCCUAAAUAUUUGACUUUCUUUGCUAUUGACAGACCAGAUUUUUUUGUAACUCAUUUUUCUCUUGUUCACCCAUAUUUUUAACCAUUAAUUUCAUUUUAAAUUUAUUCAAUUUAAAUUCUGAAACUUUACCAAAUAUACUCAUUUUUUCCAGCGUUUUCAAGAUACUUUCCUGUGCAUUUUCCACCAUUAUUACUAAGUCACCUGCAAAUGCCUUCAAUUUACUGAAUAAACAAUUGUAAUCAGCUUUCUUUUUCUUCUUAAGGAUUAAUAUUGUAACCAAGAAGUUUAUGGGUAAGCGGACAAAAAGGAGCAGACUUGAACACCUGCGGAUAAACAUUGCCCUCAUUGAAAGGUAUUAGCAAAAUUUAUUGUUUGUUUAAUUAAAAUUAUAUACAAUGGACGACAGAAACAAACUUGUGGUUUUCAAAAGGAAUAAGACAAUAAAACUCUGGUAUUUAUAUGCAUGAAAUUUUCCCCAGGUUGUUUGACCCUUUUAAAAAUAUAGUUCUCUUUUUCUUUCCUAUAAAAGACUGUACAAUCUUCUCUGUUUAGAGUUUAAACUUAACACAUUACUUUACUUGAUAUACUAAAACAUAUUUACACAUGUGUGUGUAUGUGUGCUCUCUCACUCUCACUCUACAGUUGAUAACAGAUCUAACUGAAAAAACUGUCAGUUUGCAUUUUUUGGUUCAGAGGGUAUUUGAUGUGCAGAGAUCUUUCCUAUUCUAAUUGAUUCAAGUAGGGUUCUGGAAGCUUUUUCUGUGUGAUACAAGCUGGUGCCAGGCGAAAGUUUCUAGCUAAAAAACAAGCCUCUCUUCUUCUUAGAAAUAAGUAGCAGGCUCUUGAUGUUUAGGUUAUAAUUUCAAAGAAGCUGAAUAGCUUGUUCAAACUCAUUCUGUUAUCUCUUUCUAUCAAGGUCAUGCUGACUGUAAUAAUAGGCCAGAAGGAGCCUUUUUCACUUUCUCUUUUGUUCUGGUGUGGUGUUCUGUACAGAGUACAGUCAUACCUUGGGCUGAAGUAGCUUCAGGAUGAGUAUUUUCAGGUUGCGCUCCGCGGUGACCCGGAAGUAACGGAGCGCGUUACUUCCGGGUUUUGCCACUCACGCAUGUGCAGACGCUCAAAAUGACUUCAAGUGCAUGCACGGGAGCGGCGAAUCGCCAGACUCACGGACGCGGGUUGCGUUCGCUUCAGGAUGCGAACGGGGCUCCGGAAUGGAUCCUGUUCGCAUCCAGAGGUACCACUGUAUGCUUAGUCUUUAGGUUUCAGUAUAUUGUAAGUUUAAGUUAAGUCUACUGCAACUGGAUUUCUUGUGGAUUGUGCCGAUCUUUAAGAUAUUGGAUUCAUAACUCUUAAGCUCAUUUGUCUUCAGUAGUAAGAGCUCUGCUGGAUGAAGCUAAUUGCCUCUGGUCUAUUUUGGGGGGAUCCUGCAAAGUAUUUAAGCUUUUACUCAGCUAACUAUAUGUUGGGAUCUACUUUGGAUCAAUAUUGAGGCAGAAUUCAUGACAAAAACUGCCUACUAUGGUGAUGUUAUAGGAUUCUAUAUUACAUUAACUCUUUGCAUAGCAUUUUGGAUGCAGCACUCCCACAAAAACUACCAAUAAAAACAGUUUAAAACUAUUUUAAAGCAUUCAGUAAUAACUACAAUCAACAAUAAACUGAAAACCAGAUCAAAACACAUGUCUGGGUAGGCUUGCCUAAACAGAAAUGAUUUUAGCAGGUGCUGAGAAGCAUAUAGGCAGGGGGUUUCAAAGCAUAGGUGUUGCUAUGCUAAAAGAUUGAUUCCUUAUAAUGCAGAAUGAAAAUUAUGUGGCAUCUGUAACAGUGCCAGUUCCGCAGAUCAAAGCGGUUGAGUGAGUGUAUAAGCUCUGCCCAGGUUCCUUACAAGUACCUGGAAUCAGUCUCAGAUCCUGUGAUGCUGUCAUUAUACAGCAGAACAUAAGAAGAUAAGCAACAACAACCAAAAGACAGGUCUCCUUUCAAAAGAGCACAUUUAAUUUUAUCAGUAACAUAGGGCUGUAGCUAACUAAAUUACAGUCAGAAGAAACCAACUGAAAUUUUAAGUUUUCUGCCCACUGUUUUUAGUUGAUCUACAAACCUGCCCGAGCUCUGAGAUCAUCAGGGAAGGCCCUUCUUUUAGUCCUACCACCCUGACAGACAUGUCUGGUGAGGAUGCGAGAGAGGGCCUUCUUAGUGGCUGCUCCUAGACUUUGAAACUCCCUUAUUAGGGAAGCUAGACUGGCUCCUUCCUUGUUGUCCUUCCGCAAGCUGGUGAAGACUGUUUUACUCCAACAAACCUUUGCAACUGGCUGCUUUUAAGGAAAGGGCUUUUAACGGUGUGCUGUUUUCACCUGCUGCAUUUUAAUAAAUUGUAUUAUACAUCAAUCAUUCUAAUUCUAUUAUACUUUUAAACUUUUAUAUGUUUUUAGCGUUCCAUGUUUUACCCAUGUUUAAUUUUUGUGUGUGGGCUGCCUUUAGUUCAGUUUCUGGGGAAAAGGUGGGACAACACUAAAAAGAUAAUAAUAAAGAUAAUAAUAGAUAAUGAGCAAAUCACCCAGAUUUCUUCUGUAUUUCAGGUUGUAUGAAGUGGAUGCUGAUGACGUGGAAGAAGUUGAUUGGGAAGAGAUAGCCAGUGCUAUAGGGUACAUUAAAAAAUAUUUGUCAGUAACAUGGGGGAAGUGUCUACAAUUCUGUGUCCUUUUUGUCAAGUUCUUAAUGUACUGCUGGUCUGUAUAAUGCAGGGAUUCAGAACCUGUGGCCCUCCAGAUGUUGCUGGACUCUCAUCAGCUCCCAGACAGCAUGGCAAAUACUCAGGGAUGAUAGGCGUUGGAGUCUCAACAACCUCUGGAAGGCCACAGAUUUUCCCACCUCUGAUCCAAAAAGAAGGAUUCCCUACUGAAUGUAAGAGAAGAAAGAAUGCCUCUAGAAGAGGUGAUCCUCUCAUGAAAGAGAAGGAUUCUGCUUCUUAGAUCAGGGCUGGGGAAGCUGUGCCCCUCUACAUAGUUGCAAGAUCAAUGGUCAGGAGAUGAUGGGAGUUGUAGUCCAACAUCAUGUGGAGGGUCAUAAGCCUCCCAUCCCAGGUGUAUGGAAAGGAGCAUGUAAUGAUUCUGAACACGUCUAUUUGAAGUGUUUUGGCAAGUAUCCAUAGCAAAGGAAAAGACAGUUAAGAACUGUCUCCUGGAUCAGGACAACAGCGAGCUCCAUGGACCAUAGAUGUUGACUGGUUUGUUUACAGCAGAACCAUUCAUAGGAGCAAUCUUUCAAUUUUCAUUAAACACAUGCAUACAUAAUUUUAUAUGUAUGCCACCUUUCCACUUUUCAAACCAUGCUCAAAGCAACUUACAGAUAAAAAAAUGCAUAACUACAACAUAACAAAAGUAGUCAAUAAAUUCAAUAAAUAAAACAAAAAAUAAACAACCAAACUGAACUAUUUCCACAUAAAACACAAGAUUUAAAAUAAAGAUACAAAAAACCAACAGCAAGAAACCUCCCCCCCCCCAUGUGAGAAACUAAAUGUGGGUUGCUCGCUUUUUCAUUCUCUCAUGCAAGCACUAUUGCAGAAUAAUUUCUCUUUUUAUAUACCCCCUUCUCUGCCUCACAGGAAUGUCCCUCCAUAUUAUAUUCGGAGCAGAUUUUACAGAACCAAGGCUUACCGUGUCCCUCAUUGGAAUAACAGAAGCUUCAUGGGUGAGUUUGCUGGUCUUUCCUCUUGCUUGGGGACAGGAGAAACGUAACAGGGAGAAAUGUAAAGUAUUGCACUUGGGCAAAAAAAAUGAGAGGCACAAAUACAAGAUGGGGGACACCUGGCUUGAGAGCAGUACAUGUGAAAAGGAUCUAGGAGUCUUGGUUGACCACAAACUUGACAUGAGCCAACAGUGUGACUCAUGCAGCUAAAAAAGCCAAUGCAAUUCUGGGCUGCAUCAAUAGGAGUAUAGCAUCUAGAUCAAGGGAAGUAAUAGUGCCACUGUAUUCUGCUCUGGUCAGACCUCACCUGGAGUACUGUGUCCAGUUCUGGGCACCACAGUUCAAGAAGGACACUGACAAACUGGAACGUGUCCAGAGGAGGGCAACCAAAAUGGUCAAAGGCCUGGAAACGAUGCCUUAUGAGGAACGGCUAAGGGAGCUGGGCAUGUUUGGCCUGGAGAAGAGGAGGUUAAGGGGUGAUAUGAUAGCCAUGUUCAAAUAUAUAAAAGGAUGUCACAUAGAGGAGGGAGAAAGGUUGUUUUCUGCUGCUCCAGAGAAGCGGACACGGAGCAAUGGAUCCAAACUACAAGAAAGAAGAUUCCACCUAAACAUCAGGAAGAACUUCCUGACAGUAAGAGCUGUUUGACAGUGGAAUUUGCUGCCAAGGAGUGUGGUGGAGUCUCCUUCUUUGGAGGUCUUUAAGCAGAGGCUUGACAACCAUAUGUCAGGAGUGCUCUGAUGGUGUUUCCUGCUUGGCAGGGGGUUGGACUCGAUGGCCCUUGUGGUCUCUUCCAACUCUAUGAUUCUAUGAUUCUAGGAAACCUGUGGCCCCACUCAGAAAUUGUUGAGAAUACAACUCCCAUGAUCCCCUGACCAAUAGCCAUGUUGGCUGAGGCUAAUGGGAAUUAGAAACCAACAACAUCUGGAGGGCCAUCGGAUCCCAAUUCCUCAUCCAGCUUGUGUCUGUUUUUUAAAUCCCAUGUAUUGAACAUAUGAAUCUUUUUCUAAUGUACUCGGGGCGGGGGGAACCUCAGCUCUGGGGGCCGAAUGUGGCCCUUUACGACUUUCUCUGGCACUCAGCACUCUCAUGCCCCUUACUUGCCCUGCUCCAACCCCUUACUUGAAUGCUUUUGCUUGGCUGGAAUGUGUCAUUGAACGCUGAUGGUGCCUCUUUCUUGCUUGAAUGGAGGAUAGAGAAGGGUUUGUGUGAAUGGAAACCAGACUUCUGUAGGAAAGCAUCCAUUUUUCUGCAUGCUUUUGCCCUCACCCCACCCACCACUGGCAUGUGGCUCCUGUAAAGUUGCCUGGGAAGGAAUGUGACUCUUGGGUUAAGAAAGGUUCCCUCUCCCUGAACUGUGCACUGUGUGAAGAAGUGCUAUCCUUUGUGUGGAGGGCACCACGUUGGCUAAUGCAGCUUUAGCCUAAAGCCAUCCCAUGUUUCCAGUUGCCUUUUCGCACUUGUCACAUGCCUCUGAGCUGCAUUCAUGCUCUUUCUAUGUGUGUGAGUGUGGAUGUUGUGGUAAGAAUUUACUUCUACGUGCGUAUCUGUAUUGUGAUAAGGUUAGAGUACACAGGGGGUUCUUAAAGCACAUAAUUUGAAGAAGUCUAUAUGGGGUUUGGAAUAGGUAUAAAGACCUCUUAGAAAGGAAAAUGCCAAACUAGAUAGCACCCAUAGAAGCAGUGUCAGUGAAAAAGACAAACGUGAAAGAAAAUUGGGGUACCUAUAAAGAUAUAAUUCAAAGAAGGCCAACCAAUAUUAAAAAAGAAAAAAGAUAUACAGUGGUACCUCGGGUUAAGAACUUAAUCCGUUCUUAACCUGAAACUGUUCUUAACCUGAGGUACGACUUUAGCUAAUGGGGCCUCCCACUGCCGCUGUGCGAUUUCUGUUCUCAUCCUGAAGCAAAGUUCUUAACCCGAGGUACUAUUUCUGGGUUAGCGGAGUCUGUAACCUGAAGCGUCUGUAACCUGAAGCGUCCGUAAACCGAGGUACCACUGUACAAGACCGUAUCAAUGACUGGUUUCAGUACCAUCAAGUAAAUGAGAUAUUUUAAAAAGUUAAAGGAAAAAGGAUUUAGUAAGAAAAGCUUGGAGUGUGAAAAAGUUAUAAUGGUUAACAGAGAAAAACUAACUUCCACAAUUUAUAAUUCUUUGUUAGAAUGGGAGACUAAGGAAGAAACAACAAAGGCAGCAAUGAUCCCAUGGGCAAUUGAUUUGGGACAUAACAUAGACAUGAUAUCCUGGGAGAGGAUGUGGAAAAAGCAAUAAGCUUUUCAGUAUGUCACACCCUAAAGGAAAACCUACAAAAGAUGGUACCUCACCCUGACUAAAUUGGUCAAAAUGUAUAAAAGGGGAUCUAAGAUGUGUUGGAAAUGAGAAUAAAUAGAGGGGACGUGUUGGGGAUGUAAGAAAGUUAAGGAAUAUUAGAUGAUAUAGACAGAAAUAAAAAAAGAUGUUAAGGCUGACAUUUCCCCCCAAAAUGGAGAUGUUCCUUUUGGGUAUAGCAGAGGGUGAGAUACCUAAGAAUGUUUUAAAUCUUUUUCUUUAUGCAACUGGUACGGCCAGAGUAGCAUAUGCACAAAUGUUGAAGGACAAAAGCAGCCCAACAAAAGAGGGUUGGCAGAAUAAGUUAAAAGAAUACGUUAGCAAUCCUGACUAUAAAGAUAAGAAACCAGGAUGUACAUACCCUGAGAGAGGAGUGGGAGAUUAUUUAAAGAAUAACGUAAAUCUCCAAGUAGGACUAGAUAUGAACAGCAGCUGAAUUAAUUGGAAGGUAUAGGAAGAUUUGUAGCACAACUAAGAUUAAAAAGGAACCCAUGGAGGGAGGUGUGGGGAAGAAAGAACAAGGCAGACGGAUAAUGAAAUGGACGUGCCAAUUUACUGUAAAAGCAUAAAGAAUAUUUUUUUUUUAAUUACUUCUACACCACCUUGUUCAUUACCCUGGUGGGGGAACGCAUCUUAAAAAAAAACCCCACAAACCAAGGAAAUAAAACAAAUCCAUCAUCCAGGAGGGACCCAGCAUUUAUUAAAACUCUUGCAGUGGGAUAGCCUUGCCAACCAGCUGCUCAGAUGCUAGUUAGGAGGACUGCCAACUGAUGAAAGGCAAAUCAGAACAAAGCUUAUACAGUAGUUCAGACACAUCAAACAAAGAGUACUAAGCAUCUAAACAUUCUUAAACAUACAUCAGAAAAGCUUAUAGGUCAUGAGAAGUAAAACACGCAUGGCUCCAUAUUGGUAUCCCCACAAUCACCUUAGAGCACCCCAAAUAUACCUAUGCCAUUUGACCAUUUUAGGUAUUGGGUGUCAUAUGUUGCCCUGGUAGCCAAGCCUGUGAACAGAGCUUAUUGACAUUCCUCUCUCUUAUCUCACUCCCUUACCUCUUCCAUUCCAUUCCAUUCCCGCCCCGACCUGGCCACAGUGAUCCAUGCGACGGUCACCUCCAGGCUUGACUACUGUAAUUCGCUCUACGCACGGCUGCCCUUGAAGCUGACCCAGAAACUCCAGAGGGUGCAGAAUGCUGCAGCGAGGCUCCUCACAGGGUCCCUGCCAUGGGAGCAUAUUCACCCAGUGCUUUUCCAGCUGCACUGGCUCCUGGUGGAGUACAGGGUCAGAUUUGAGGUGCUGCUUUUGACCUUUAAAGCCCUUCACGGCCUAGGACCCUCGUACCUACGGGACCGCCUCUCCCGGUAUGCCCCACGGAGGACCUUAAGGUCCAUAAAUAGCAACACCCUAGUGGUCCCAGGCCCUAAGGAAGUUAGAUUGGCUUCAACCAGAGCCAGGGCCUUUUCAACUCUGGCUCCGGCCUGGUGGAACGCUCUGCCUCAUGAGACCAGGGCCCUGCAGGAUCUGAUUUCUUUCCGCAGGGCCUGUAAGACAGAGUUGUUCCACCUGGCCUUUGGCUUGGAGCCAAUUUGAUUCCCUCCCCCUCUUUCUUUUUUCUUUUUCCUUUCUGCUCCUGUGAGAGGCUGCAUUUUAAUAUUUCAAUGUUUUAGUAUUUUAAUCUUGUUUUUAAGUUGUAUUCAUUCAACUUGUUUUUAUUAUUGCUUGUUAGCCGCCCUGAGCCCGGCCUUGGCUGGGGAGGGCAGGGUAUAAAUAAAAAUUAUUAUUAUUAUUAGUCCCUGAGCCUCUCAGGAAGCCUCAAGGAUUUCUGAUUAGCUCUCUGAUGCUGACUCAUGAUAGACAUCCUGGAGGGCCAUUUGUGCCAUUUUCAGGGUUUUUUGUUUACAGCCUAGAGAGCAUACAGUUGUAAAAUGCAGGCCCUCAAGAUCCUUGCACAGAAAGCAAGCCUUUCCCUUCAUGCAAUUAAAAGCAAAACAUUGAAGAAUUAUUAAAAUAAAAAAUAUACACCUUGGUUCUCUUAAUUUUUAUAUCAGUAUCACUCAGGACAAGGCAGAUUCCAAAGUUGUAGAAGGUGAACAAGGAACUCUUUCAUUCUAUCUCUCUUUGAUUCCUUGGAUGUUCCACCUGAAUUGAAAAUGGCAAGGCAGUUGGAGCAGUGUGGGGCCCCUUUACAACUGCGCAACCUUGCCACCAUCUGCAACCAACAGUGCUCCAUAAGAGAUGCUAGUUUUGGCUUCUUGAUAAGGUUCUUGACCCUUACCAAUCUAUCAGUUAGUAUUACCUUGUUCUGUGGGUUCAAGGAGGCAGGGCAAACCAACUAUUGAAAAUCCAGCAAGAUCAGAGCAUAAUAAGAGCCCUGCAGAAUCAGGCCAAAGGUCCAUCUGCCCAGCUUCCUAAUCUCACAUUGGCCAACCAGAUGCCCAUUAAUUAUGGGAACCAUGCAAGCAGCGCUCCCCGCCCGCCCCCCCCGCCCGCCUGUGAUUCCCAGCAACUGGCAUUCAGAGGCAUGUUGCUUCCAGCAGUGGAAGGAGUACAUAUUCAUUGUGGCUCAUUGAGAUUUCGUAUUUGUUUGUGUCUUUUUAAGAAAUCAUGACUCAUCUGUAUGAAGUGACACUUCCAAUGUUAAAGAAACAACAGGCAGAGCUAAUGGCAAGAAAGAAUAUAACUGUGGAGCCCCAGCAAGCUGAAGACCACAGCUGGAAAAGAGUUUUCAAGUUCAGCGACGUCUUUCAUGACAGCGACUAUAUCUCUGAUGAUGAUUCGGACGAUGAUCAGGAGAAUUAGGACCUGGAGCUUCCAAUGCUAAGAGCCAGCAGAACUCUCUGAGUUCAUAACAGACAGUAAUUCCACUGAUAAAAAGAAAGAAUAUAAAUUUUUUUUCUUCACUGUUUAUAAAAAGAUAAAUAAAGCUUUAUUUAAUUUUGGAGGAUUGUACUUAAUAUUUUAUUACUACUUUGUAUUUGAAGGAGCAACAGACACAUUGUCCAUCAAAAGAAUUAUGGGAGAGGCUUUGAAUCCACUGGGGUCCAGGAAGCUACCCCCAGAAAUUCCAAUCCAAGAUACGUUCAUGCUCGUAUCUCUGCUAGGUUAUUUUGGGGAAGGUGUAUAUUAUUUUGGUGACCAGUGACAUUUAUUGUUUGGUCUGAUAUAAAGGUGCAACAUUCAGUUCCCACUAAAGUACAGACUCCUCCUUGCUUAUCUAAGAGGUAAAACAGGCAAAGUAUUCUCUAAAUUUUUUUCCUUGGUUAUAUGUAUUUUCUUUUUCCUUUGUAUUUUCUUUUGUUGUAAAUAUAUAUGUUUUCUAAUUUGUACUUAAUAAAAAUUAUUUUAAAAAAG